GUCAACGCUGGGUAGAAAAGCGCGCGCAAAUGCCGCAUUGUUGCGGGAAACUAGCAUUUACGGUCGACGGCCGACCACCUGUAACUCUGCGAUAAAAGUUUAAUCUUCUUUAGAAAGAAGUUUCUACGAGGUUUAACACUGCACCAUGGAUGUCGCUGACCUUCGGACGGGGCCUGUACAAGUCAAGGAUGACAUUGGUGACCGCUGCCAGAAGUUAUUUCAAGAUUUUCUCGAAGAGUGCAAGAACGAGCGGAAUGAACCCAAGUAUGUUGAGGAAGCAACGAAUCUGGUGAAGCCAGAACGAAAUACGCUCGAGGUCAGCUUUGCUGACAUUGAGCGCUUCAACCAAAACCUUGCUACUGUCAUUCAGGAGGAGUACUAUCGUGUAUACCCCUACCUGUGCCGUGCUCUGCGCAACUUUGUCAGAGACCAUGCCGAAGUGAAUGUAGAGAAGGAAUACUAUGUCAGCUUUGUGGAUGUGGCCACGAGGCACAAGGUGCGCGAGUUAACGACGACUAAGGUAGGCAGCCUGCUGAAGAUCAGUGGCCAAGUUGUGCGUACCCAUCCUGUGCACCCAGAGCUUGUCAGUGGCACUUUUGUCUGUGUUGACUGCCAGACUGUUGUUGGUGGCGUGGAGCAGCAGUUCAAGUACACACAGCCCACCAUCUGUAGGAACCCUGUGUGCCAAAACAGGACACGUUUCAUUCUCGACACAAACAAGUCAACAUUUGUGGAUUUUCAGAAGGUGCGCAUUCAGGAAACACAGGCUGAGCUUCCACGAGGAAACAUCCCACGCAGUGUGGAAGUUAUUGUACGUGCAGAAGCAGUUGAAGUUGCCCAAGCUGGUGACCGGUGUGAUUUCACAGGCACACUCAUUGUAGUCCCUGAUGUCAGCCAGCUUACCACACCUGGUCUGCGCACUGAGAGUUCAGCCCACCACAAGGGCAUGGAAGGCUUUGAGACUGAAGGUGUGCGGGGCCUGAAGAACCUUGGCGUGCGUGAGAUGUCCUACAGGCUUGCCUUUCUGGCCUGCACUGUCGAGCAGACUAGCCCCAGGUUGGGAGGCAAGGCAGCGUCAUCGGAAGAGUUAACUCCGGAAGCCAUGAAGCAGCAAUUGACCCCCGAGCAGUGGGACCGCAUUUAUGCCAUGAGCCAAGACAAGAACCUGUACCACAACUUGAUUGCGAGCCUGUUUCCCACUAUCCACGGUAAUGACGAGAUAAAGCGUGGCAUCCUGAUUAUGCUUUUUGGUGGAGUGCCUAAGACAACAGAGGAAAAUACCACUCUGAGAGGCGACAUCAACAUCUGUGUUGUGGGGGACCCCAGCACAGCCAAGAGCCAAUUUCUCAAGCAGGUGUCGGAAUUUGCACCACGGGCUGUGUACACAAGUGGCAAGGCAUCAAGUGCAGCUGGUCUGACAGCAGCUGUUGUUCGUGAUGAAGAGUCCCAUGAGUUUGUCAUUGAAGCUGGUGCACUUAUGCUUGCUGACAAUGGCGUCUGCUGUAUUGACGAGUUUGACAAGAUGGAACUCCGAGAUCAGGUGGCCAUCCACGAAGCCAUGGAGCAGCAGACCAUUUCCAUUACCAAAGCUGGCGUUAAGGCAACUUUGAAUGCUCGGACUUCCAUCCUGGCUGCAGCCAACCCAAUUGGGGGUCGCUAUGACCGUACUAAGUCACUGCGUCAGAACAUUGCAUUGUCACCUCCUAUCAUGUCACGCUUUGACCUUUUCUUCAUCUUGGUGGAUGAAUGUAACGAGGUCACAGACUAUGCUAUUGCAAGGCGCAUCAUAGACCUGCAUUGCCAUCAUGAAGAUAGUCUUGAGAAAAAAUACAGUCAUGAAGACAUUCAGCGUUACAUCCAGUUUGCACGUAUGUUUAAGCCUAAGGUCAGCACGGAGGCACGGGACUACCUCGUGGAACAGUACCGGCAGCUGCGGCAGCGUGACGCGGGAGGCCUGUCCAAGUCAUCAUGGAGAAUUACUGUGCGGCAGCUGGAGAGCAUGGUGCGCCUCGCUGAGGGCAUCGCUCGGAUGCACUGCUCAGACCAGGUCCUCCCCAAGCACGUGAAGGAAGCGUAUCGGCUACUCAAUAAGUCCAUUAUUCGUGUCGAGCAGCCCGACAUCCACCUUUAUGAGGAAGAAGAGGAAGAGAAUGAGGCAGAGGGUGAAGACAAUGCAGAUGCCAUGGAGGUUGAUGAGCCACCUGUUAAUGGGGAGGCACAUGGCGAAGGAGACGAUGUGAGUGACAUUGGCAUCAUCCAGCCCAAGCACAAGAAGAAGGAAGCGGAUGCCAAGAAGCCGCACUUGACAGCUGCUCAGCAGAAGGCACUGACACUAUCUUACGAGGACUACAAGAAGACAGCGAACCUGCUUGUGUUACAUCUGCUGCGUGAGGAGAGUCGCAUGGAAGCCGCAGAGCAGGAAGGGGCAGCAGCUGAUGAUCAUGGUGGUGUUCGGCGCAUGGAUUUGAUCAACUGGUACCUGAAGGAAAUUGAGAGCGAAAUAGAGACAGAGGAAGAGCUCAUCCAGCGUAAGACUAUUGUGGAGAAAGUUAUUGACCGACUUGUCAACCGGGAUCAUAUUCUUAUUGAGCUCUCCAGGAGUGGCCUGAAAGGUGCAGAAGCAGAUGGUGAAGGAAUUGAAAACCCCAUCCUGGUCGUUCACCCCAACUUUGUUCCUGAGCUGUCAUGAAGAGCACUCUUCAGGAUUGCCCACAUUUUUUUCUUUCGCCUAUGGCAUGCCAUACUGGGGACAUGCAGCAGCUUGUUCACAUGUACAAAGUGUAUAUAUACUGUACUGCAUAGUGCCCACACUUUCAAGAGACUGGGCCACAGCAUCCUCAUAUUUUUUUAUAUGUAUUUGCACAUUUAAGGGCAUUGAUUAUGGCUGGUGUCUGCAUUUAGCAGUCCAGUGUUUGUGAACACUGGCAUUCGUGUCAGUGAACUUUUAAUUGCAUUUUGAAUUUAUAUACAAUACUCUGCUUUUGCACAGUCAUUUUGGAACUUUUAACGUACCCUGUUGAGCACUUGUGCAAGUUACUAUGUUAAGUAAAAAAAAUGCUGGUUCUUUGUGUUUGUGAUGUCAUGCAUAAGUUAACUAGCUUAUUCAGUAACAGUGCCAUCACACAAAUCAAGUUCUGUAUUGCAUUGCCAUCAUAAUUUUAUGCCACCAGUGGUGUUUUUAUGCACACAAGAUACUUUCGGAGGUUACGGUGGUAUUGGUGGCUAAAGGUACCUCCAAAGAAAGAGCUGAAAUGUAUUUACUUUAUUUGGACUGUAAAAAGCACAAGUGUUAUAAAUCCUUACUAAAUAUGUCUGCCUUGUGCAUCAUAAAUGUAAUUAAGGUCGCACCUCAUUACAGUAAAACUUUUGAUUAUACAAAACAUCUUAUAACUAGGUAUAGUAAAUAUAAUGGAAGUAUAAUCGCAAUUUAUUUUUAAAUUUCCAAAGAAACCCAAGCGUCAAAAUUUAAUCUUAAAGGAACACUAAAGGAAAAUAUUAAAUAAAGCCAUUCUGAAAGAUUAGGCUUCUUCAUUCAUAGCAAGAAAAAAGCUUUUGUAAGCAAGGAAAUGACGAAAAUGGAAGAUCGGAUUGCCACCAGCUGUUUUGGACCAUGGUAUGUCCCUCCCUUGUGAAAGUAAAAGUUAUUUCUUUUCAAUAAAAAGAGGGCGCCAAGACAAAGGCAAGAGCCUGACAAGGUCCUGGUCGCCCGUAAAACAGCUGGCAUUAGCACUUCACAACAAAUUCACAAUGAAUUUCUCAAGUGUUGUAAAAAAGCAUCUUGUGACAUCAGCGCUGGCUAUUCUAAUUGUUCAACUACAGCUACAUGUUAGAAUUGAAGAGUUACCUUCUCAACUUGUGAUAAUAUUGCAUUAGGGCACAGUAGUCACUCUACAUCACCAGCCAUUGCUAACUGCACAGUAUCAACAGGAUUUGGUUUCUGUCAACUGUGCUUGUACUUCAGCUUGAUGAAUAACAAGCAGCAUGCCUUUCAGUGAAACCGUGGUCAUCAUCCGAGAUGUGCCUUUUGCUACAGCGCGCACAUCCAGAUUAUUUUUCGCUAGUCAGCUGGUCAGCCACAGUUCGCCCGUCUAUUGGGCGGGCUGGAUACCAGCAUGCAGACUGCUGUAUCGCUUGCACAUUGCACUGAGUGAAAACGAACUAUUACUCACGCAACCGCUGCAAACGAAAGUGUGGCCGCUGUUGGUGCAAUCGUGGAUGGAUAGCAACCAUGGAAUUUUGAAAGCACGUAGCCAACAUGCACCGAGUCAAAAUUGAACAGCGAUUUGCCGCAUCCGCUGUGGAUGAAACCGUGGUCACUAUGGAUGCCGCAAUCACAAAUGCUGAAUACGCUGUUUCGAAGGUGUGUGGCCAACGCACUCUUAGUCAAAAUGAAACUACUGUGUACCUAACCACGGUCGUGAUUGACCUGAUCACGGGUGACGACUUCGCGGUUCUGAAAGGCACGCGGCUAACGCGCAUAAGUGAAAAUAAAACUUCUAGUAAGCGCAACCGUUGCGGACAGAACCGAGCACGUGGGCACUAUUGACGUGAUCACGGAUGGCGACUAUGGAGUUCUAAAAAGGCGCGGCCAAUGCUGUGUCAUGUGCAUCGGCAAACGUAAGAAGGGCUAUAAAGACAAAUAAACGCAAAGAAUUCCGA